AUGGAGUACAUCGAAAUGGUCGUCGUUGAUGAUGAUAUUGCGAUGGAAGUCCUGGCGCCGAAACGGACAUGCGGUCGCUCUGCUAGCGCGGUCUGGAACUGGUUCACCGAUGAUGCGUCUCCGCAAAAUGCCAAGAGUGCCAAAUGCAUGCACUGCAAGACUCUGAUUAAUCACCAUAAGAAGAGUGAGAGCGCGAAGGUGCACCUCAACUCGUGUGCCAAGUUCCACACAUUCAUGAACGGCUUGAAUGAUGAUGAACGUCCUGAUUGGUACAGACAAAACAAGAAAGGUGGAGCCACCAACAAGGCGGCAGUUGACUCUCAGCGUGGCAAGAGCCAAGCUGUCAGCAGCAUCCAGAGUUCCAUCAAGUCCUUCGCGCUCCCGAAGGUGACCGGAUCCAUGAAGCAGGCGUUUCAAAAGCAGAUGGUGUUGCAUUACUUCGCCACAUGCACCUUGUUCCAGCGGAUCGAAGAUGUGCAUUUCAAGGAGGCCAUCAAGAUUCUCCGUCCUGAUGAUGGGUUGCUGUCGAAUCGGAAGCAGCUGGUGACCACACUCCUCGACCAAUGUCACCAGGAGCUAAAGACGAAGGUCGACUAG